CUUGCUGCUGGUCACGUUCCCCGUGCCCUGGACAGCAACUCUGCUGCCCAUUCCCGAUGUGUGGAUCGCGGUCCUCCGCCGUUACCGCUUGCACUGGGUCCUUCGCAGCAUUUGGGCGCCGGCGACACUGCAGUUGUCGCCAUACCUUCAAGUACGGGCCACCCUGGCAAACCUGCUCCCUAUUACCCUGCUCAUGAGACACUUCUACGACGGCCGCUGGCGCCCUGCGCUGGUGUUUUCUGCAAGCUGCGCGGUGUGCGGCAUGCUCCUCUCAGCCGUCAUAGACUGGCGGGCGCGCCGGCGCUUUGCCGCCUUGCGGGGCCAUGCGUGAGGUACUCUGGUCCUUAAGGUUACCUACCGUAUUGUAAAGUUAUGAUGACCCACGGAACGGUGGGGUUUUGGUAAUCGGUUUGGCGUGCGUGCAGUCCUUAAUCAGGUUUUAGUUCGUACAUGGCCGAGGGCCAUGCCAUUCCAACGUACCUGACGCGUUUCUGUGGGCCUUCACCGAUGUUCCAUGCCUGGAUUGGGGUUAUGCAGGCUAUCACAGUGCACAGGUACAGCUGAGAUGUACAAUUUGUAGUGUGGGUUGAAGUACCCGGGAUGUGUUUGUUAUAUUGAAACAAGUGGAUAUAUGGAAUGUCGCUAUGUUGCUACUGGGUUGCUACUUAUAGUGAGUGCAAGCCGACCCUUGUACCUAUUGUACCCAUGUCAGUGUUGGCAAAGUCCUCUUGUUAUUAUAGCAUUGACCGAUGUGAGGCUACGGCGGAAUGGCGGAGGGACUUGUCUUUCGCAGCGCAUAGGAUAUGGGAGGUGCAGAGGGGUACGGACGGACAGUGUACCAUGCAUAUCUGUGCAAAGCUGCUCCUGCAGCGAACCUACACGUCCUCGCUGAACCAGCGAGCGAUUGAAGGACCCUGCUUUGGUAUCAAUGUUUAGCCCCUCCGCUUGGCUCCUUCGGCGCUGCAGUUGUUGUCCGGCAGCGUAAGGCAAGCGGAAGAGGGUGUAACGGAUACAAAACAUUUCACAAGGGCUGGACUUCUCAGGGACUUCCUACAAAAAAACAAGUUACGGG